GAGGCACAGCACGUGGCAUGAAGCUUUAAGAGAAUAAAGUGAUGAACUAACAGACCUUCCCUCUUCACCCCGAGCCUCAUCUUCCUCACAUUAGAGCCUGAAGAUGUUUUCACCCGUGCACACAUUUGGUUCUCUCUUCAUCUGGUUCUCAUGUCAGGUGAGCGCAGUUAUAUUUCAACAAUCUCCUCCCCAGAUCGUGAAGGACAGCACUGAGGUCCAGAUUAACUGCAGUCAUGACGAUACUUCCCUCUCAAUAAUGCUCUGGUAUGAGCACAGAACGGUCCAGGACAGUCUGUCUAUGACACUCAUUGGGUCUGGAUAUGACACCAGCGCCCCAAACUAUGAGGGUCAGUUUGAACAACAAUUCAAGCUGACAAGAGAAGACGCAGUGAGAGGAUCUCUGAUUAUACGCAAAGCAAACCCUUCACAGUCGGCUGUUUAUUUCUGCGCUGCCACAGCCAACAACAACCAGCCUGCUUACUUCGGCCAAGGAACCAAACUGACAGUUUUAGGUAAAGAAGACGGUCUUAAUAUCACCCCACCAACAGUGCAAGUGCUUCGACCUUCAUCAAAGGAGUGUGGAAACGACGAUGCACCGAAGAAGACCAUCGUGUGUGUGGCCAGCGGAUUCUACCCAGACCACGUCAGUGUAUCCUGGCAGGUCGACGGGGAGGCCGUCACCACUGGUGUGGCCACAGACAACGCUGCCCUGCGGGAAGACGACUUUUACAAAAUCACCAGCAGGCUGAGGGUCUCCACCAAAAACUGGUUCAAUCCUGAAACAGUAUUCACCUGCACCGUCAGCUUCUACAAUGGGACACACACUGAAACGUAUUCUGACUCUCUUCAUGGGGAAGAAGGAGGAGGCAUGACGAGAGAGAAAUAUUUGAGGAGCACACAGACUGCCAAACUCUCCUACGGUGUUUUCAUCAUCAAGAGCAGCAUCUAUGGAGCCUGUGUAGCGUUUCUGGUGUGGAAGCUGCAGAGAUCAGCUGGGAAGCAGAACCACUGAGAGCUGAGAGCUGAACAAUAGAUGUUGGACCUCAAUAAUGUUGGUUUCUGGAAAAUGUUACAUAUUCACAACAGCUAAAAUAGAUUUCCAGUUUUAUGCAUAUUCUUGCUGAAGCUAAUUAGCAAAUACUUUGCAUCACAUCUUUAAAAUACUUAUAAUUGAUUUUGUAUCGCUUGUUUGCUAAAUUUCCUUUUCAAUAAAGUGUUAAAAGAUCUCAA